AUGGAAAGAGAGUCACAAAGUGCUGAAAAUCAAGAACUUAGGGGAUCCAUUGAAUCGCUCAAAAGGUCCGUCACCUUGCUUGCUGAAACAGUGGCCUCUCAAAAGGAGCUAAUCAAGGAAUUAUUUAACCGUCAGGAGAACGGUUCCUCACAAAUUGUCACCAAUUUUCCAUUAAAAACAGAGGAUGAUCUGUUUGUCAUAGACAGUAAUAUGAAGCCGGACAUUCAAGUAUUAUAUGUUAAUGAGAUGAAGAACAUCUUUAGUCAAUCGCCUCUUUCGAAAUCGUUGAAAAAAGUUCUGGCUGCAGAACUUGUCGUGGCCUUCAAUGUGGAUGGGACGCAAAACAAAAAAUGCCUGCGAACAUACACCAAUUUUUUCUCCGCCCUUCUAGAGGCUGUUCGUUUGACCGAUAGGUCUCAGCCUGCGGAGAAGUCGCUCAGAAAAGCCAUGCAAUGUAUUAAAAACAACGCAUGCAAAAGAAGAAUAAGAUUCCAGAAGAGUCGUCAUAAUGAUAUAACGCAGGAUUGACAGGAACAAGAGUGAUAUUUAAAAAGUAAUGUAGUUAAAAUAAGGAAUUUAGGAACUCUUUGACAUGAUAUAAAAGUUCAAACAACGGAAAAA